GCCUUUAGAGGGCGUCAUUCCCAAACACCAUGGCGUUUGUCUGUCGUCGGCUUCCGUCAGCAGCGUGUAGCGUCAAUGACGUUCUGAGUUCCAUAAGUCUGUUCACUUUUGACUGCGAAUAUGUCGUUAACGUUCAUAUUCAGGGCGGUUCUUCGGGACGUGCCGAAGGCCAGCGCCGUGCAGCAGGUCCAGUCGUUCCACGCAGGAUGUAGGCUGCUCGCAGCCGACAAAAGUCUGCUGGUGAAACUGAGGAAAAGCACCGGAUACACCUUCAUCAACUGCAAGAAAGCCCUCGAGAAGUUUGACAAUGACAUAUCACAGGCAGAGGCUUGGCUUCAUGAGCAGGCGAAGAAGGAAGGCUGGAGCAAAGCCACCAAACUGGAGGGUCGCAAGGCUAAAGAGGGUCUUAUCGGUCUGUUUGUGGGCGACAAAGCUGCAGUCAUGGUGGAGGUGAACUGUGAGACAGACUUUGUUGCGCGGAAUGAGAAGUUUCAGCAGCUUGUCAAGGACGUGGCGUUUUCCACUCUGGCUCAUCAGCAAAGUAAAAGCCAACACCAGGACGGUUAUGUGAAGAGUCUGCUUGCUGGCGAAGAACUGAGCAAACUGUGUGUGACAGAUGGGUCUUCUCUGGCCGACCGUGUGGCUUUUGCUAUAGGUCAGCUGGGUGAGAACAUGUCCGUGAGGCGGGCAGUCUCGCUCAGUGUCCCUGCAGAGUGGAGCAUCGGCUCCUACGUGCACGGCAGCGUGAGCGGCCAGACGGAGGUAGUGAUGGGCCGCUAUGGCGCGCUGGUGGUCUUCCAGGGAGGAGAAGAGGAAGAGCGAGGAACUUUAGGACGGAAGCUGGGACAGCAUGUGGUGGGAGAAGCCCCGGUGUCUCUGGGCAACAUGGACGACCUUCCCUGUGGCGAGAGCGAGACCCGUCUGCUGCCUCAGGUCUUCCUCGGAGACCCCAGCAGGACUGUGGCUCAGUAUCUUAGGGGCCAGCAGGCUCGGGUGCUCGACUUUGUUCGCUUUCAAUGUGGAGAGAAAGCAACUGAGGAAGACCAGGCGCAGUAAUAAUUAUAAAAUCAUAUUUACAUUAUCAACCAAUGAAAUGACCAAUCUAAAAUA